AUGGAGAGAAAUGCGAUAGGGAAUGGAUUUAAUGAUUGGAUACAUCUUAGUACUAGGCUUAAAAAACAUGAAGCAACUAAUGAGCACAUCAUUAAUAUGAGUACUUGGCUUGAUUUAUGCAUAAGUAAAAAAAACAAAACAAUCGAUAAAAAUAUUCAAAAACAAGUUAAUAAAGAGAAGGAAUAUUGGAAGAAAGUAUUACAAAGAAUAAUUUCGGUUGUUAAAUAUCUUGCUAAACAUAACUUGGCAUUUCGAGGAACAAAUGAGAGAAUUUAUCAAAAUAAUAAUGGAAAUUUUUUAGGCUUAAUUGAAAUGAUUGCAGAAUGGGAUCCGAUAAUGCAAGAACAUGUUAGACGUAUUGAUCAUGGUGAAAUUCAUUAUCAUUAUCUUAGUCAUAGCAUUCAAAAUGAAUUGAUAAGUAUGUUAGCUUCUAAAAUCAAAUGUGCAAUAUUUCAAAAAAUUAAAGAAGCUAAAUAUUUUUUAGUAAUACUUGAUUGUACUCCGGAUACAAGUCACCAAGAACAAAUGACUUUAAUAUUACGAUGUGUCGAUAUUUCUACAAGCCCGAUACAAAUAGAAGAAUUUUUUGUAGAAUUUUUAAAAGUAAAUGAUACAUCUGGACAAGGACUUUUUGAUGAAUUGCAAGAUGUACUAAAAACUCUUAAUCUUGAUAUUGAUAAUGUACGAGGUCAAGGAUGGCAAAUUUUGAUAAAUAAUGUAAAAGGUUUAACUGUGAAGCCAUUGUCGGCUACACGUUGGGAAAACCAUAUUGAAAGCGUUAAAGCAAUUAGAUUCCAAACACUUGAAAUAAGAGAAGCACUACUUCAGUUAGCAGAAACUGAUAAUGACUCCAAAAUAAAGAAAAUUGCUACUGAAAUGGAAAUUGAUUCUGUAUUUCAAGUAAAACAUCAAAUCCGUAGAAAAAGACAAUUUGAUGAGAAUGUUAAUGAGGAGACAACACAAUCAGCUGAAGAAUCUUUUAGAACCAAUUAUUUUUUGUAUAUUGUAGACCAAGCUAUUGGUUCACUAAAGAUAAGGUUUGAGCAAUAUAAAGCAUAUGAAGAUAUUUUUGGAUUUUUGUUUGGUUCAAAAAAGUUAAAUUCAUUAGAUGAUAAUAAUUUGAAAGCAUGUUGUGAUAAUCUUGAAAUUGUUCUAAAAUAUAAAACAUUUUCUGAUCUUGAUGGGAAAGAUUUAUUUGGAGAACUAAAAAUCUUACGAAAUAUUUUACCAAAAGAAACAAAGAUGGCUAUUGAUAUACUGAAUUUCUUAAAAAUACGAAAUUGUUUUCCAAAUGCAUGUGUUGCUUAUAGAAUAUUAUUGACUAUACCUGUUACAGUCGCAUCUGCAGAAAGAAGUUUUUCAAAAUUAAAAUUAUUAAAAUCUUAUCUGAGAUCGACCAUGUCACAAGAAAGACUAAAUGGACUAGCUUUGAUAUCCAUUGAAAAUGAUUUUUUAGAUAAAAUUGAUGUUGAAGGUUUAAUUAGUGAUUUUGCAGCUAAAAAUGCAAGGAGAACAAUUUUUCGAUGA